AUGUUGGAAUUAAUGCCACUUUCGAAAGUCGACGAUGGUUCAGCCCGUUUGAAGAAAGCUGUGGAUAAAGAGCUGUUUAUCUCGCGAUGUCGGAAUCGUUUGAAAGGGAAAAAGAACCUCAAGCGAUAUUUUCCCGAGAGAUUUAGUUUCCUUUACCAGUACCUUUGGAAUCAAAUGCCAGCCCAUAUUUACGAAAACAUUAUCGGAAAGCUUAACAAAUCUAACCAAGAGUUUCAAUCUAAAGUAGUGAGCUCAAUGGUGCCCGAUGAGGUCCUUUACAAUCCGGAUGGUUACGAACCAGUGCAGUUUAUGACCGCAAUGAUGUUCCUUGAUGUUUCCGGAUUUACAGAUUUGUCGGAAUUGUACAGCAAACCCGAAAAUGGAGGCGCUUCUAAGCUGUCACAAGUACUCAACACCUAUCUCGGCGGCGUAGUGCAAGAGAUUCUCGGUCACGGCGGGGACAUUGUCAAAUUUUCUGGCGAUGCCAUACUAGUUUUGUUCAAAGCAACUUCUUUCGUGUCACUGCCGGACGCCGUCCAUCGCGCAAUUGACACGGCAAUCAUCAUCCAGAUAGGUUAUGGCCGCUAUGAAACAGAUGUUGGAGUUACGUUGCGCAUCAAGAUAGCGAUUUCUGCUGGGGAAGUUCACUUUUGUCUGAUCGGCAGUGACUCUUUUUCUCACUACAUUGUCGUCGGUCAGCCGGUGUGGAAAGUGAAGCUAGCGGAAAGAACAGCGGAAGCCGGAGAUAUCAUUGUGACCUAUUAUGCUUGGAGUUACAUUCAUGAAAACGAAUAUAUUUGGGAACCGUGUGCCGACAGAACGCAUUUGAGAAUCAAAGGUUUUACUAGCUACUGGCGUUCGAGGAAGAGACUAAAUUUUGCGGAAAUUACGGCGGACCAAGACAGUGAAGAAUCCUUAACACUGGACGAUACGAUCAAAAUUGACAGUGAAAUGCUAGCCAUUCGUCCACGUUUGAUGCAUGUGACCACUCGGUUUGUCUGUGCAUCGUUGCAAAAGUUUUUGAUCAAGCCUGUUCUAAACGCCGUCGAAAACAACGAGCCGCUGGAGCUACUGACCGAAAUGCGUCAAAUCGUUAGUGUGUUCUUAAACAUAGUGCUCAAACCGAGAGAUAUGAUUGAGUUGAUAACCGAAAUUAACAGUAUGUUUAUCUCCAUUUGCAAAAUCGUGGAAGGUUACGAAGGCAUUGUGAACAAAAUUUCGCUGUUCGACAAAGAUGUGAUGUUUCUAAUAAUAUUCGGCCUUCGAGGAUUGAAACAUGAAAUGGACAGCCAAAUUGCACUGCACUGUGCAGCAGAGAUUCAGGGAACAUACUCGCGCCAUCCUUCGGUCAUUUCCGCCUCGAUCGGUGUUACUACCGGCAUUGCUUACUGUGGUGUAGUAGGCCACACAGUUCGUCGAGAAUACUCGGCGAUCGGAGUUGACGUGAAUAAGGCGGCCCGUUUGAUGAUGGCCUAUCCACACAAGGUGACCUGCGACAAGAGCACUUUCAUGAUGAGCAAAAUGGAUCCAGCACACUUCACGCUGCAGGACGCAAUUCAGCUGAAAGGAUUGCACAAUGUUGGGCCGAUUUACGAAUUUCGCGAAUUUGUUGAGGAAAGGGAGCUGCUGAAACCGACGGUGUACAACUAUCCGCUUGUAGACAGAGAUCAAUUUGUGGAGUUGUUUCAGGAAAUGAUUGACGACGCCGUUGCACUUUCGCAGCAAACGGCCCAAGGAGUAGCGCCAGACUUUCCCACCGGACAAUGGGUUCAGAACUGUUUGCUGAUACGCGGCAAGGCGCAGAUGGGAAAAACUCGUUUAGUGAACGAAUUCUUUUACAUUGCCUUACGAAACAAGCUUAUAAGUUCGCUAUGUUUUUCAUUGCACUUAAAGGACGCAAAGGUAAAUUGAAAGGCAUAGCCAAAUAGAGAGGUUUUUUUGUUACUUUUGACGCAUGUGCCAUUUUCAGCCGCCAGCUUAUGCAUAUCGCGUCCACUUGGAUUCACGGACGCAAUAACGACAAUUACGAGACAAACCCGAAUCAAGCAGUACUUGCGCGACCAAACGGUAGAAGAACAUUUAUCGUUGCUGAAUGAGCUUGUAGGUACCAAAUUUGCAGAAACGGAUUCCACGAGAAACCUUAGUUACGAAGAGAGGAGGCUGAAGAGAAAAGAACUGUUCGAACGUCUCUGUCAAAAGACGUUCCAGAACCUGUGGGUGCUCAUAAUAGACGAUGCCGAAUUUAUUGACGAUGAUUCGUUCGAUUUACUGGAAAUCAUGUGGCAAAUGCCGCAAAUUAUUACGGUUCUAGCGAUAGGCUACCAGAAACGGAUGAGCAACCAUCGUGCGCGAAUCUUCGACAUCCCCCACGUCUGUCAAGUUAAACUUCCCCCGAUCGAGACGCUGCUGCAUAAAGCGAUUGCUUGUCAAUUUCUGAAUGUUAAUGCAAUCCCACUGGAUCUGGAACGGUUUCUCCACACCAUGAGCAGUGGUAAUCCUGGGUGGAUCAACACUUUUCUACUAUGCCUACGGCAGAGUGGAAUUCUGCUUGUCAACCGCAUGGGUUACUGUGAGGCCCAGCAGGAAGGCUACGUUUUCUGUGAAUCGUCCUUCUUACAUAGGGAAGGUGGUAAAAUGUGUUCCAGUUCCUCGCUACGUCAAAGUCUGUCUGACUGGAAACUAUUCGAAUCUUCGUACGCCGAAACCGAAUCAAUCGUGAACUCAGACAAGCAGGAAGAGCUACCAGCACUGUUUAACAAAAUCGUUGAUGUUGCCUGUCUAGCUGGGCAGAUCGACGUCAAAAGUUUCUACGAAUCCGAGAACCUGGAAGCUUUCCAUCUGAUGCUGUACGACUCACUAUCCGCCUUCGAACAGCUCGUAUGCAAAUGUGCCGCUUUUUUGGGCCGAAAGUUUUUGCGUGCUUCACUCAUGCACACGAUGGCCACCGAGAGUGAAUGGGAUGUAGCCAUCGCGACGAAAAAACUGUUUGACCUUCAAAUACUUUCGUGUGCGAUAGGAGACUUUAGCGAAGAAUUCCGUCUGGCGCAGACCAAUGUUGAUAGCGAGAAAAUGCGCCGCGGCGAAUGUGCCUGUAAGGCAUUAGAAAUCGAUCGAUCAUGCAAGGACCUACCGAAAUAUGCCGUCUGUGGUUAUUCCAAGUUCAAUUCUAGCACGUUCCAUCGUACGGUCUGCAAUUUAGUGACGGAGGAGCAAAAGAUGCAGUACCACACCAAUGUGCUGAUAUUUAUUGAAGCUGAAACGAAAAAAUGUAACGCGUGUGGUGCGCGACCGUUUAGAAAUUUGAUGACGAGCGAGGAGACAUUCGAGGUGCAGAGCGGGUGUCGAAGUACGCUGGACAGUGAGGCCUUUGAUUCCUUGUCGGGUGAAACUAGAAGCCGCCUUUCGUUACACUCCUCCCGCUAUUCGUAUGUGCUGUUGAGAUGUCUGAGACAACGUCGGAGCGUUACCAGGCAGGUGCCGGUCCUCAGUUACGGUGCGUACAGCUUUGUUGCGUGUAGCUGCGACAUGAUUCUUUAUCGCAUGUUUAGCGAAAUAGCCCUUCAUAGCAAGGGCGCUGGGUUGAUGGAGAAAUGCGUGGAGGCCAGAAUAGAGUGGGCCCGUAUAUGUAUCAAAAUUUCCAACAUCCCAAAGGCAAUUUCCAUACUGCACGAAACAGAGCGACUGAUGGUGCAAAUCGACACUCCCAAAAACAUUGCCCUAGUGACAUACCUGAAAGGCCGAAUGUACACAUUACUAGGAAAAGCAAAACAUUCUCUCGAACAGUACGAACGUGCCGGCGAGAUAUAUUACCGUGCGGCCCUAACGAUGGGUAUGCGAUUCCCCCACAGCCGUGCCAAGACACGCCUCAAAACCGUUUGGCUGCUAAGCAAGGUAAAACGACAACUGCAUCGGGAUAAUAACGAGAGGAACCCAGAAGCAAGAAGAGGUCUAUUCUAUUGCCUGAUCGUGUCACAAAUCGCUACCUGCUUCAACGAGAUGCACAAACUGCUAACGAAGCUCUGUGACUGGGAUGGGGCAGCAUUGGCAGCUAUCUGGGGUCUGAAGCAUGCACUGCAGCAUCGAAAACGUAACGCCACCAUGGUGAAUGCGUUUGCCAACUUCUUUCACACCGCGUAUCAUAUUGGGCUUUCCGAAAGUAUCGCUUGGAUGCAGGAGCGCUCGUUGCAAAUCGUGGCCGAGAACCAAUCGCCCGUUGACGCUGACUACCUGGACGCCGUGGUACGCUUCUAUUCGGCUAUUUUUCUGUGCCAAACGUUGAAAUCGAAAAAGCAGCUCUCGAUCGAGAUCGGAAAGGUAAUGCUGCAGAUCAAUGACAAACUGCAGCAUCAGUCCAGCGAGUGGCAAAUCAUUCCCAUUCUGUGCGAGCUGCUGCUGUCCCACUGCCGAAUCUCCGACACGGUGCACACACUCGCCUGCCUACAGCGACUUACCGAGCACUAUCAGUACCGCGCCGGGAACAUCUGGUACUAUGCGCUGUGCCUCGACAUCCUGCUCGACACGAGCUGCUGCAUUGAAUCUUACCGGCGGUGCGAAAGCUUCUACUUUCAGAACCGCGAUUGCUUCGUCGCCCAGCAGGACCACCUGGCCAGCGCUCGGCUAUUUGCGAAUCUGUGGCUCUGGUGCGUCCGAUAUGGCGCGUGGGUGGCGGCCGAUAACUGGCUCGCGUUGCUGCAGGAAUACUUCGCGCUAACAGCCCACGAUUCCACCAUCAACGUACACACGGCCAUCCGCAUCCUCGAGGGCAUGAUACUGACAUUGAUCUACCACAUCGAAACCCGCAACACGGUGAUGAUUGGGCGCGUGCGCAGCAACAUCGAGGACCUGCAAGAGAGCAUCGAGCAAGCACUCCGCAUCAGUCGGAACCAUGGCGCUAAGUACGAGCUGAUGCGCAUCUACUACCGUCAAGUAGUGGCCCCCAAGACGACCGUGCGUAGACAGCUGACGGAUGCCGCGAAGCGUGCCAGCCAGCAGAACGACCAUCUGUGCUACGAACACAUCCACCACACGGCGAAGUUUUGGCACCGCGAGCUACCGAUGGCCCUGGAGGCGUUCUGGUUGGAUCACGCUGCCGGAAGUGGUCGAAAUUAUAACGAUCAUGCCAACCACCGACAAAGUUUCGCUGCCAGCACGCUGGACGGUGGCAGUAGCAGCGAGCAGCUGUACGAUUAUGCCAGCUGUAUAUUGAAUCACGAAAGAAUCUAUCCUUAUUCAAUGCCAUUGCCAAGAGCUCGGUUCCGCUGA